AUGCAAUCUCCACAUUCAACCCCCAAAAUGUCUUUGCCGGAAACAAAAAUGGCUGCUCCAGCAGAAACAGAGGUUCCCAAACAUUCCGACGUUCCGGCUGUUGAACCUGUUGCCCCUUUGGUCUCUGAAUCCGAGCCAAUCACCGAAGAAUCAACCUCCCAAGAUCAACCAAUACUCGAAAAAGAACCGCAACCAGAAACGCAAGCUUCAAUUGAGAAGAGCGAGGUCACGUUACCGGUUUCAGAAGAGCUGAAGCCCGAAACUAACCCGGAACAUGAGGAUCUUCUCUCCCAAUUGGAAGCCAAGGUGUCGUCUCUCUGGACCAUGGCAGCACAGAAAACAGACCGGGAAAGUCUCGCCGAAGUGAAGCAGGAUAUUUUGCUGCAGCUUGCUUCUGCCAAAGAGUCGCUUGUGACCAACCAGGCGCUCCAGUCCAAUGUGCACUUCGCCGAGUCGAAGUUGAAGGAACUCACAGACAAAGUAAAGAAUACAGACGUAGGCUUAAAUUUCGAGACUGUGUCCACACAGGCCAACAAGGCGCUUGAUACGCUUGACUCCAAGUUGGAGAUUGUCGAGCAGCAGGCGCUGAAGUUUGUGUCUCUGUUGACGUCAUUCUUCUCCAGCAUGGUUGUAGUCGAUGCGCCCAAGGAAGAGCCAAAAGAGGUUCCGGGCUCGUUUUCUAGCUUGCUCGCUGCAUCUUACGGUAACAGUCGUUUCGACACGGAGCUCCGGAAGCUUCACACCACUGAGAGUUACUACUUGAGUAGCGAUUUGGAUAACGAGAAGGAAUUGGCUGCAUUCGAUGUAAAUGACCGCACCGAUGACAUUGCCGCGCUAUUGUCCAAGUACUCUGCGACUCUCGAAUCGCUCAUGAACCUGUUGGUGCCCGUACAGAUCUCAUACUCGCUCUUCUGGUACCGUUAUUUCAAGCAGGAACAAUUGUUGAAGCAACAAGAGGAGGCGCGCAAGUCGCUUCUUUCCUCGGGACGCGAGGCUCCCAAAGGUGAUGCCAACUCCAAGCCGCUGGUGACCCAAGAAGACGACGAAGAUGAUGACGAUUUCACGUGGGACGACGACGAAGAUGAGGCGUAG